UAAUUCCAUUUUCAGUCUUCGAUUCGUUCUUCUUUACAACACACUCACUGUACGAACGGCGCCGAUAUCAAAGGCUACCUCUCACGCGGGAAAGAUUCGGGUUGGAUGAUGGGGCAAUAAUUCCCCAAGGACUAUUGGUAUUUCAUAUAUUACCACGCAGAGCACAACGACGUGAGUUGGAGGGCCACUGACCAUGGCCUUAAUCAACACCAUUGAAGAACGCCGCCGCAAAUCACGAAAUAUCCUUCUCUCCGCUUUCCUCAUUCUCCUCUUCCUCUGGACCGUUAAGCUGUGCUUCCCCCAAAGUACAAUUCUCAACGUGUACUCCCAGCAUACUGAAUCCAUUUCAACGAGCGCACCCCCACCACAACAAUCGACCACUAAUAAAGGGCAAUCGGCAUCGCAGACCGGGAACAAAAUCAGUCUGGAAAGCGGUAGCUUCAAUGGCACACUUGCUACCAAAGCGGCAGUCAUUGUCGAGACACAAUUCCGCACCAACCUCAUUCCUCUUGUCCUACACUUCAGCGGCGUUCUUGGGCCCUCUUGGCCCAUCCUCAUAUACACAUCUAUGGAAUCGGUAGGCCAAUUCUCGGCAUCUGCUGCAUUGAAUAGAUACUUGAAGUCCGGCACGGUUCAGAUUCGUAUGCUGCCUCAGACAGUGCUCUUCACCAACUCGGACUCUGUGAACGAGUUUAUGACGACGAAGUGGCUCUGGGAGGAUUUAGCACCAGCGAAACAUAUCUUGAUCUUCCAGAGCGACAGCAUGCUGUGCGCGAACGCAGCCCGAAGCGUGGACGACUAUUUUGCUUAUGACUUUGUCGGGGCGCCAGUUGCGAAGAAUUUGGGAAAGGGAUAUAAUGGGGGCUUGAGUUUGAGGAAGAGGAGUACAACUCUCAAUAUACUAGAGAAAUGGGAUUGGCAGAAGACGAAAAAGGAGGGCGAUCGGUUUGAGGAUCAGUGGUAUUUCAACAGGAUGACAGAAAUACAAAAAGAGGAACAGAAAGAAGGCAUCCAGCCGGAGGAGGAAGGAGCUAUCAAUCUGCCAACUAUAGAAGUCGCCAGGACAUUUAGUGUGGAGACGAUCGACUACCCGCACCCUCUUGGUGUACAUCAAGUUCACAUGUGGCUAAAGGAGCAAAUGCUAAGUUUGGAUGAAUGGUGCCCAGAGUACAAGCUUUGUUCAGAGGGGUAAAUUGAAGAUACCUCUUCAUGAAGGAAGGAUUAUUUUGGAAAGCAUUCAGCGGGGUUAUUGCAUGGUAUUGGAGUUUGGAGUUUGGAAUUUGGAAUUUGGAUGGAGUUUCCUGCGUCAACUUGCAAAAUUGAAUGAAAACAUCCCUAUACAGUUUGCAUUUUUGAUAUCUGGUUGUAAGGGAUGUUGAAUAGCAAGGGGGUAGGAAGUGAUGUGCAAACAUUGAUAGAUUCGCAAUUGAAAGGGAGAGACAUUGUCUCGGUGCAGCACCUUGCAGAAGAUUUCACACAG